AUGGCCGAUAUUGCCGAAGACAAAUCCCUGGGACUCACUUACGCGUCUCACCAAUACGGGAAACAUGACCCUUUCAGCUUCAUCCAUGGAGGUGCUUGGCGUGAUCCUCGUAACAAUGAGAACGAUUUCACCGAGUCUAUCAAGCGUAUUGUCAUCUCGGGUGCAGUUGCGAUACUGGACAUUGCUGGCUUUGUUAGCAUCGACUAUCGGCUAUCACCUCACCCAGACUUCCCUCAAGAGUCUGCCACCAUAAAACACCCAGGUCAUUUAGAAGAUAUCUGGUCAGCUUUGAACUACCUACAAGGCAAGUACGAGUUGUCAAACAACUACAUCCUGGUCGGUCAUUCUGCGGGUGCAACACUCGCGUUCCAACUUCUCAUGAGUGGGGACAUUCUCGCCUCUCACCCCAAGGGACCCUUGCCCCUUGCCAUUGUUGGAGUAUCAGGUAUAUUCGAUCUUGUUGGGCUCAAUGACAGGCAUAACGGCGGGUAUGCUGGCUUUAUCGAAGCCGCAUUCGGUGACGAUAAGUCUGCCUGGGAGAAGGCCUCUCCAGCCCGAUUUGGAUCAAGCUUUAGAGACAACUGGGCAAGUGGGAAAUUAGCAAUGCUUGCAUGGUCUACUGAGGAUACACUUAUUGAUGAGCCGGAGAUUGAUAAUAUGGCAUCCCUUUUAACAGAGCAGGGACUCAAAGUUGAAGUUAAUAAGCACCUCAGAGGCGAGCACGAUUUUGUAUGGCACGACGGGAGCCAGAUUGCUCGCCUAGUCAUCACCACUCUUCAUCACUUAAACAGGAUAUAA